GCACGCUCCCGAUAUCCAAUCGCGACCGUUAGCUGGGGCGAAUGCGGAGAAAAAUCUGACCGGGUGAUGUAAAGAAAAGUCACAAUACCACAUCUAAAGCACCGGUUCCCUUCGCAUGCUUUGACCAGUCAAGUGGAUAUGAGAUUCGGCUUUAGUCAGCGGGUUAUGGGCUCGUCUGAUUUGUGAAUGAGAUUCCGGCCGCUGCGAACACUCGCGGAUCCUCGUCCUGACAUUUGGCUGACAGCUGUAUCUACACGUCGCCUCUCUUCUGCGUGGCGCUCUUUUUUUGCCGCCGCUGAAGGGCUAAACAUCACCGAGGGAUCGGACGCCUCCGUGCCGCACACGCUUCCCAGCCCGACUCCCCCCUCCCCCCCCGCCGUCACCUCAUCCUCACCUCCCCGAGAGGGAGAGAACAGCAGCCGCCAUGGUGCUGUCACAGAGACAAAGAGAUGAACUAAACCGAGCUAUAGCUGACUAUCUUCGUUCCAAUGGUUAUGAGGAAGCCUAUUCCACCUUCAAGAAAGAAGCAGAGUUAGAUAUGAAUGAAGAGGUAGAUAAGAAGUAUGCAGGGCUUUUGGAAAAGAAAUGGACCUCAGUUAUCAGAUUACAGAAGAAGGUGAUGGAGUUGGAGUCGAAGUUGAACGAGGCGAAGGAGGAGAUGACGCAUGGAGGACCCGUGGGUCAGAAGAGAGACCCCAAGGAGUGGAUCCCCCGUCCACCAGAGAGAUACGCCCUGAGUGGGCACCGUGCUCCAGUCACGCGUGUCAUAUUCCAUCCUGUGUUUUCUGUCAUGGUCACGGCCUCAGAGGAUGCUACCAUCAAGGUGUGGGACUACGAGGCAGGAGACUUUGAGCGAACCCUCAAAGGUCACACGGACUCUGUGCAGGACAUCUCCUUCGACCAGACGGGAAAGCUGCUGGCUUCAUGUUCAGCCGACAUGAGCAUCAAACUCUGGGACUUCCAGGGGUUUGAGUGCAUCCGAACAAUGCAUGGCCACGAUCACAAUGUGUCGUCUGUAGCCAUCAUGCCAAACGGUGACCACAUAGUGUCUGCCUCCAGAGACAAGACCAUGAAGAUGUGGGAGGUGGCUACUGGGUACUGUGUGAAGACAUUUACUGGCCACAGGGAGUGGGUGAGGAUGGUGCGUCCCAAUCAGGACGGCUCGUUGAUCGCCAGCUGCUCCAAUGACCAGACGGUGCGUGUCUGGGUGGUCGCCUCGAAAGAGUGUAAAGCUGAGCUGCGGGAACAUGAACAUGUGGUAGAGUGUAUCGCCUGGGCCCCUGACAGCGCUCACCCCACCAUCCUGGAGGCCACAGGCUCAGAGAGUAAGAAGAGUGGAAAACCUGGCCCCUUCCUCCUCUCUGGCUCCAGAGAUAAAACAAUUAAGAUGUGGGACGUCAGCAUUGGGAUCUGCCUUAUGACUCUGGUGGGACAUGACAACUGGGUGCGUGGGGUAUUGUUUCAUCCUGGAGGAAGGUUCAUAGUGAGCUGUGCCGAUGACAAAACCAUCAGGAUCUGGGACUACAAGAACAAACGCUGCAUGAAGACCUUGAGUGCCCAUGAACACUUUGUUACCUCUCUGGAUUUCCACAAGACGGCUCCCUACGUGGUGACGGGCAGUGUCGACCAGACAGUCAAAGUCUGGGAGUGUCGCUGAGACUCCAUCUCUUGCCCCCGUCUGCCCACCCGGUCCCAACUCCAAAAAGCAGCCCUAAAGCCCCACCCUCCCUCCUCCCUCCCCCUCCAUUUCCUCUCCCCAGCCCCUCACCUCCUCGCACUCCAAACCAUAGUUGACCAAGGCGCUUUAUCUCCCCCUCGUCCCUUCUCCUCGCUCCCCUCUCCUUACCUCCUCCCCCUACAUUGGUCCAGCCCUAUUAAGAUGACUAUUGUCCUUUUGUGUAAAUUAUUCUGGAUGUAGGGUACGCUUAAUAAAUGUCACGCAAUCUCUGACACAUAAACACACUCAAAAGAGAUGAGAAGUAUCCUUGCAUGGUGAAUCCAACGGAAAAAAAAAAAAUAUUCUCUACUGUUUAAAUUUGCAUACUGUCGUCAUGACUUUCCCGUCGGGGUCAAAGGGUAAAUAUCUUUGUGUGCUGGCGCAGGCGGAUUCUGGUUAACUGACAGUGCACGAAAAAAAAACGGCGCCCCCCUCGUCGAAGGGGGUUUAGGUUUUUGUUUAGUUUUGUUUAACUCCAUGCCUCCGUGGUUGUGGUCUUUGUCGCCGCGUGGCUGGUGACGGGAGAAGGCGUGAGGAAAGUAAGAAAAGCGGAAGCUGUCCAGGAGGAGACGAUGAUGACGAGCUGACGAAAGGAUGCAGCUCCCCAGUCGAAUCACACGAGGAUUUUUGUGGGCGAGCGCGGCGCUCGUGUGUGCGCGUGUAUACGUUGCGUGUGUGUGUGUGUAUUUGUACGUUACGACAGGAGAAUCUCUCCGCCGUCUCCGAUCUAACGGUCGGAGAAGAGAGAGGAGGCAAAGCUUCUCACCCACUGUGUUUCAUUCAUACAAGCUUCAUCUCUUUUAACAAACUUUGCUUUUCUAGUAGACACUCACAGGACCUUAAUGAUCCAUAAGCUGCUGAGAGCACAGGCACACGUCCCAUAACUAAAGUGUGUUUUACAGAGGAAAAAAAGUCGGCUCACCAUUUAUGAGGUUUGUGUGUGUGUGCGUGCGCGCGCGUGCGUGCGUGUGUGUUUGUCGCCCCCAGAGAAUCGCCCAGUGCCCUCUUCGCUCGCUAUCUCUGCCUUGUUACCCCACUGAGGGCUCCCUCACACGGGAUUUUCAUUCUGCUUUCUGUGGUCUCUCACUGCUCUCUCUACACACACAUACACUCACAAAAUGCACAUACACGCACAGUAAAAGUUGUGUAUCAAUAUAUCUGGAUGUCAUUGUUUGCAACAUAAUGAAAUAAAAUUCUGUAAAUAUAAA